AUGUUGGGUUCAUUCGGUUCUUCCUCCCAGGAGGAAGCCGAGGCCGAGGAGCAUCCGCCGCCCAAUCUCUACAGCCGCCGCCAGAUUGAGCAUCAUCCGCCGCCGCCGAUCCAGAUGCGGCAGCUCCUCCUGACCUGCGCCGAUCUCAUUUCCCGGCCGGACCCCUCGGCCGCCGGCCGCCUCAUCUCCUUCCUCUCCGCCAACUCCUCCCCUUACGGCGACUCCACCGAGCGCCUCGUCCACCACUUCACCCGCGCCCUCUCCUCCACCGCCACCGUCCACUCGCAACCUCCUCCACAGACGAUGGUGACGUCAUCCUACCUCUCCCUCAACCAGAUAACCCCUUUCCUCCGCUUCAGCCACCUCACCGCCAACCAGGCCAUCCUCGACGCCCGGGAGGCCGACCACGGAGGGCACGCGGCGCUCGCGAGGCGGGUCGCGGAGGCGGCAACCCACUACGCGGCGCUGUUCGACUCGCUGGAGGCUACGCUGCCGCCGGGGAGCGGAGAGCGGCUGGCCGUCGAGAGGGUUUGGCUAGGGCGGGAGAUUGCUGACGUGGUGGCGGGAAGGGUGAGGCACGAGAGGUUCGGGUCGUGGGAAGGACUUAUGGUUGGGUCGGGUUUCGCGAGCGUGCCGCUAAGUGGGUUUGCGCUCUCGCAGGCUAAGUUGCUGCUAAGACUACAUUACCCUUCGCAAGGGUAUCAGCUGCGGGUGUCCAAUGGAUCCUUCUUUCUCGGAUGGCAGAAUCAGCCGCUUUUCUCGGUCUCUGCUUGGCGCGCUAAUUGA